AUGGAGCCAAUUACUUCGACAUCAUCUUUCAUCCGUUUCAUCCAUCUAGUCCUUUUACUUCGCAAACUCUCCAAAACAAGAUCGGCUUAUCCAAAAUUGCCCCCAGGACCAAAGACUUUACCCAUCAUCGGAAACAUACACCAGUUGUCAGGUUCACAACCGCAUCGAGCUCUCACAGACCUAGCCAAGAAACAUGGACAGGUCAUGCACUUGCAGCGUGGUGAGGUAUCUACAGUUGUCAUCUCGAGUGCCCAAAUGGCCAAAGAGGCCCUGAAAACUCACGAUGUUGCUCUAGCAAACCGUCCCAGAAUUCUAGCGGCACAAACCAUCACCUAUAAUUUCCAGGACGUUUCAUUCUCUCCCUACGGGGGUUACUGGAGACAAAUGCGUAAAAUAUGUGUCCAAGAGCUCCUCAGCCCUCAAAAUGUUCGAGCAACGCAGGCCAUUCGGGAGGAUGAGGACAUGUUCGCAGCAGGAACCGAUACGUCGGCAGCAACAGUUCUGUGGGUAAUGGCAGAGUUGAUAAGAAAUCCUAGCGUGAUGGAAAGGGCACAAGCUGAAGCGGUGAUAAAAGAAACACUGAGGCUGCACCCACCAGUGCCCUUGCUACUUCCCAGAGAAUGCAGGGAGCCGUGUGAAACUGGGGGCUAUGACGUAUCAGUCGGAACGAGAGUCUUGAUCGAUGGUUGGGCGAUCAACAGGGAUCCUGAGUUUUGGGAGGAUCCUGAAAGUUUUAAGCCGGAGAGAUUUCUGGAUAAUGGAAUCGAGUUCGUGGGAUCCAACUUCGAGUAUCUACCAUUUGGAGGAGGAAGAAGGAUAUGCCCUGGAAUUGCAUUUGGGGUGGCCAGCGUGGAUCUUGCUCUGGCUCAACUGGUCUCCCACUUCGACUGGAAACUCCCCGGGGGAGCAAAACCAGAAUCCCUCGACAUGACUUGA